AUGCUAAGACGAUCGUUCAGUAUACUGCCCAGAGUGCUCAAGAGCAACGGCAAGAGUAAAGACAUUGCUGCUGUGAGCAAGACUAUCAAGUACAUCGCAGAAGAUCCUACGCUAAAGUCCAUUCUAAAGACAUCUACGGGCGAAAAAGAUGAGAAUGCGUACGUGGAAGACGUGGUGAACAUUCUAAACUCGUCUUUGCCGGAUGUGGACAAGCACAAGAAGAAUAUGGAUGUGCAUUAUUCGGUUCUAAUGAACAAGCUUCGGAGCAUGGUGGACAGAGAGAUUGUGUAUUCCAAUGCGAAUGUGAGCAAGAGGAUCAAGGAGUGUACGGAUGCGGAUAGUUUGUACAAUCUUUUGUUUGAGUUUCAGUUGGACCCUGUUUUCCGGGCCAAGACUACGUUGAAAGAUUACUACCAUAUAAUUAACCACCCCAAGUUUUCGAGCGGGAAGUGUCGGGAGUUGCUAGAGUCGUUGGAUUUGCUCAAGCAGUCGCGCAGGGACAUUCAGAUCAUGGCUAUCCACAAGUUGAGCCAGUCGAGUGCGAAUGCUGCUGUCGUGAGCCCGUAUCUCCCGAUGCUUAUUGAGACGUACAUGUCGAUACCGAGGUUUUCGCAGAAGUUGGUGUUGAGGAUCUUGCACAAGAACGGAAAGAUACAGGAGCUCUUGGAUGCACAUUCGGAUGAGAUCCAUGCGAUACACAAGAACCAUUCGCAAGUAGUGACGAUAUACCAAACGCUAUCGCGUACUGCGUAUAAGCUACCACCACACCUAGUGGACGAGAGUCAUGAGCUAACGCCCAUCCAGAGAUUGUUUUGCGAGCUCGUGGUGCUUCUUUCGGAGCACUCGUCGGCAAACCCCAAGCUUUCCAAGUAUAGCGUACAGUUGGUCAAAGGGUCGUUCGAGAAUCAACUAAGCCGUUGCAACACAGACUUGCACGACCACUCCAUCAACGUCAACGAGUACAAGUUCAUCAGGCUCAUGCAGGAGAUCCUCGACGACUGCAUGGCAACGCAGAACCUGGACCCAGGCUUCUACCAGUCCUGUCGGUACCUAACGCAAUCUCUCCGCACAAUAUACACAGAAGAGUCCCAAUUGAGUCUACGAUUGGUAUAG